UAAUGUGUUCAGUCGCUUUUUGUUUCGCACUCUAAAGGCAGUUUCUCAGAAUCAGGUGUCACUUCUGCGUCUUGGAGUCUUGUAGUGAGAAACACAUGCUAUCAGGAGUGAACAGACAUCUGUUGCAACACACAAACGCACCCACGCAUGCACGCUGCUGCAGAGAUGAACCCAAAUGUGUGUUCGCUUAGUUGCCAGACGCAACCCGGCUCUGGAUAGAAGAGCUUUGAAUAAGGUGGAUACGAGAUGUCAGUAAAGCUGAAAUUUGAUUGUCCGGCUGAUGGCGGAAUGGUGCAGAGAAGCCGUUCCUUUACUGGAGUAAAUGCACUCGGUGGCCGGAGACGACUUUCCUCGGCUCGUUGUUCUCUCCGCACAAAAGUCAUGGCAGGGAAAUCUCCCAGAAUUUCCUCUUCUAGCCGGAUGGGCAGUAGUGUCUGGGGUCAACAGCCUGAGCAGGUGGACAGAAUCUUCCAGGCCUUGAGAAAAGGACUCAAGGACUACUUGGAAAACCAUCAAACAGAGCUGGACUUCCUGUCAUCCCAGCAGAGAGACACAAAGAGGAACUCUAGACUGGCAUUUUUCUAUGACUUGGAAAAGGAGAUACGAGCCUUAGAGAGAUACAUACGACGUCUAGAGUUUCAGAUUAGUAAGGUAGAGGAACUGUAUGAGUCCUAUUGUAUCCAAUGGCGACUGCGCCAGGGGGCUUUGAACAUGAAGAGAGCGUUCUCCCUUUCUCCUUCUUCACGACAGUCUAGAGAGAGUUUACUGGAGCUGAAUCGUAACCACAGGCACAGUCUGGAGGACAUGUGUACAAUGGAAGGAGAACUGGAAAUCCUUUUGGGAGGACUACAAAUCAAAAUGAAAGGGUUGAUAGGCUUCGCUCGGCUUUGCCCAGGAGAUCAGUAUGAGGUGUUGAUCCGACUUGGCCGACAGCGAUGGAGAAUCAGAGGGCGGAUCCAGACGGAUGACAGACAGCUGUGGGAUGAAGAGGAGAUGGUUUUCCUCCCUCACAUCCAUGGGAACUUUGAGAUCAAGGUAACAGAGUUCAAGGGGUUGAGCUCCAUCCUGGUUGGCAUGGUGACGUGUAGAAGUGCAGAUUUUUUCACAGCACGACCGCAGAUGAUGGUUGUUGACAUUACAGAACUGGGAACCAUCAAGCUACAGCUGGAGGUGGUUUGGAAUCCAUUUGAUAGCAGUGAGGUGCGGCCCAUCACAGCAUCUGUCAGCCGCCAGUCGAUCCACAGUAGGAAAGGAUCUGUAUAUAGCUGGACACCUCCUAACUCACCCAGUUUCACAGAGAAAUACUUUUUAUCUAUGAUGCGUCAGCUACAGGAUGCAGAUGGUUCUUUCUCCAUUGGCUCUCGUGAAUCCAGGGGUGUGUCUUUAAUUAGCUACCUGGCUGACUCCACCCAGGCCCUCAGUCCUCCAGCCUAUGAGAGGACAGGCAUUCAACCGCCCACGCCCCACUUAGCUCCAGACACCAAAUUACAGGACGAUGAUGUACUGAAGACGCCUCCAGGAGAUGCAGAAGAGAGCGUGGAAUGGCCUUCAGAGACAGAGACACCUUCCCCCAGUUCUGCAGGAAGCAAGAGAGACUCCAUAUUCCUUUUUCACCGUUACAGCACACCUGACAUCUUGCGGCAGAAUGGAGAGGUGACCACAAGCACAGGUGAGGGAGAGGUAGUGAGAACAACUGAAGAGGAUACCUCAUUCAAUCAGGGACUUGAAGGGAGAUUCCCAGUGAAAGACAGAGGAUUGAACAGAGCCCAGAGGAGAGCUGUGAUGAAGAGAGUUACUUCACUGCUAGAGGAUAUGCAUGCAGCACUGCAGGAGAUGAGCAAUGCAGAGACUGAGUUAAAGAAACUAGAUCUGCAGAUACGGCAACUACAUGAGGUCUUGAAGAAGGACCUUGAGCCUCCUCAGAUGCCUUCAUGUGAAACACUAGCAGUAGAGGAAGAGGAAGUGCUGGGCAGUUUCGAUUUCCUCUCUACUGAUUUUAAUGAGGAUCAAACCUCAUGCAUGGGUAGCGUCCGACAAAGGAACAAUAGGAUUGGUUCAUUCCAUGAGAACACCUCAGAAGACAUCGAGAGAGGACAAAACCAACAGAGAGGAGACAAUGCAUUGAAGGCAUUACUCAGUACAGGGGUCUACAGUCUGGAUCAAGCUCUAGAAACUCACCUUAGUAUAUGCACUAUUUUGUUGAGGGCUCUGAAGUGUUCUGACUCUGAUCUUGUGCAUAAAGAGAUCAUGGAGGAGCUUUCACGUCAAGUUGAUGUGCUGGACAAAAUCAGUACUCUGUCACAGAGGACGACAGAUGAGAUUUCAGCGAACGAGUUGUUGUGUGGAGCUCCUAAGAGGAUUGCAAUAUUUUGGAAGGAGUGCAGUGAGAGUGACACGCUUUUCUGCUGCUCCACCGAUGACUUUCUCAGGACACUGCGCAAACAUUACAUACACAAAGUCAAAGCCAAACAGCCUGGACAGCCAGAUGCAGUGUUUGGUCAGUUGCUGCAUCAGGUUCAGUCCAGUUGCAUGAUGGUAUCAGUGACUCAGUGCACUACAGACAGAGUCACUGUGUUUCAGCUGUUAGUCUACCUCAACAGAUGGAGUAUAACUGACUUUGGAGAGCAUAUCUCUAUCCUCUCUAAAGAAGUGUAUCUGAUAGCCUGUCUGGAAAGUCCCAAGAGGAGACGUGCCCUGAAGAAGCUGAAAGGGAAACGGAUCUCUGAGCUGCAGCCAACGGGACACACACUUCAUCUGUUGGCCAAACUACAAACAGACGCUAAUCACAAGGUGGCCUCUGCAGUCACUUCCUGUCUCAACAGAGCCUCUCGAUCCAAAUCCUUCAGGGCAAAGGCAGUGGUUCACUACACAGAUCUGUUGAAAAACAGCAAAACACAAGUGCAACAUGAAGCCUGUUUGGCUCUCAAAUGUCUGAAGGCCUCAGAGAGUGCAGAGCAGGUGGCCGAGCUGUGGCGUUCAUCAGAUGAAGACCUGAGGAACGCCGCACGGGAGACCAUACUGUCCUUUGGUAAGAAAGGCCAUAUGGCAUUUCAGCGUAUGGACCAGAUCUAUGAGCUACAAGAGGAGGUCUAUAAGAACUUGGAAACAGAAAUCACAAUCUUAUAGAAACACCAGAAACUCAUUUGACUUUAUCUGAUUGGAUGGUGCUCAGGCUGGUUUUGAUUAAACACAUUCCAUAUGUGUGCUUGUACGUAUAUUACCUGGUAUUUAAUAUGCAUUUUAAGAAUUAUUUACAUUUUGUGUUAUUUUAACUGAAGUGAAAUAUUUAUGAAUAAACUGUUCUAUAUUAUAUAUGUAUGAUAUAUAGCAUAAAAUGUAUUAACAAUACAUGUAAAUAUCAGCUCUUAGAGUUGCUCAUUAAUUAAAGCAACAACUAAUCUGUUUUGAUGGCUGUUUAGUUAUAAUUUCAACCUAUGCGAGGUCCAAAAAAUUAAUCGGUCAUGACUAUAAACCUCUAUAUCCUACCAUUUUGAUCAAUUUGCAUAAUAUUUCCUUUUACAUUUCCAAGGAGUCCAAUUCAUGUUCUGUUUUUGUGCAUCUAACAAGUAUGUGAAUCAAACACACGUUUGUUGUGAAACCAUAGUGAUAAUACAGGAAAAUGAAAACUAUGGGAAUAAAAAUCAUAAUUUUGUGGUUAUGGUUUUACUAUACAAAUAACAUAGUUAAAUUAUGGUAACUGGGGUCAAACCAUGGCUUUACUAUAUGCAACCAUGAUAGU